AUGAACCUGACAGAGUUUAAUCAGUCUGAUCGCUGUGAGCAUUUCUCCUGUCCAGAACGAUCUGUAUCUCCUGCAGUGUAUAUCUUACUGUACGUGUGUUCAGCUGCUGUGGUUCUGCUAACAGUGUGUGGAAAUCUGCUGGUCAUCAUCUCUGUUUUUCACUUCAAGCAGCUUCACACACCGACUAACAUGCUUGUGCUCUCUCUGGCUGUGUCGGAUUUCCUUGCUGGUGUUUUUGUAAUGCUUCUACUUUUAAUCUGGACUAUUGAGUCAUGCUGGAUUUUUGGGAGAGUUUUAUGCAUCAUCUACUGGCUGAUUAGUAAUCUUCUCAUAAUAUCAAGCUAUACUUUUGCUCAGAUCGCUGUGGAUCGCUAUUUGGCUCUUUCAAACCCCUUUCUUUACAUAAACAUUGUCUCUGUGAGAAUCACUCGUGUUGCAAUUGUUUUUAACUGGUGUCUAGUGCUGGGUUAUACCAUAGCAAUACUAUAUUUUAAUGGAAACUUUACAAGUGUGAUUAUGUGUCCUGGAGAGUGUUUUCUCGUUCUCAGUGAGGUUUGGACUGUAAUUUAUCUUGUUUAUUUGUUUAUUUUUCCACUUUCUGUGAUAAUCAUAUUGUAUACUCUAGUUUUUGUGAUUGCUAAGAAACAUGCCAUUGCUAUCAGAGAGCUUAAUAGUCACACACGGCCUAAAACACAGAAAAUCACCUCACACUCGAUGAAAUCUGAGAGAAAAGCAGCUAAAGUCCUCGGCAUUUUAGUGUCUGUGUUUCUGGUGUGUUUACUUCCAUAUUUUAUUUACAGUAUGUUAGGCAAUAUUAUUGAAAUACAGUUAGAAACUUUUCAUAAAGUCGUAAUUUUUGGUUGUCUUAAUGCUACUAUUAAUCCAUUUAUUUAUGCUCUGUUUUACCCCUGGUUUAGAAGGUGCAUUAAACUUAUUAUAACUUUGCAAAUUUUACAAGCAGACUCUGCAUUAAUCAAUGUUCUUUCAUAA